UGACAGUAGAAUGCUUGACCAUAAAGUUAUUUGACGUUUAGUUCUCUUUUAUAUUUUUCCCUGUUUCGGAGAGGACAAUGAAGCAGAUAGUGAACAAUCAAACUGUAAAAAUCCCUAAGGGGAUUACAGUUACAGCCAAAUCUAGGGUGAUAACUGUGACUGGACCAAGAGGAGUUCUAAAGAGGUCCUUCAAGCAUUUAGCUCUUGAUAUCAGAAUGGUCAACCCCAGAUUAUUGAAAGUCGAGAAAUGGUUCGGUACCAAAAAAGAACUGGCCAGUGUACGUACAGUAUGUUCCCAUGUAGAAAAUAUGUUGAAAGGAGUAACUAAGGGUUAUCAAUACAAAAUGAGAGCAGUAUAUGCUCAUUUCCCCAUCAACUGUGUUACCACCGAAAAUGACACUGUUAUUGAAAUUAGGAAUUUCUUGGGAGAAAAGUACAUUCGUAGGGUGAAAAUGGCACCUGGUGUAACAGUCAAGAAUUCCCAAAAACAAAAGGAUGAACUCGUCCUCGAAGGAAAUUCAUUGGAAGAUGUUUCUAGGUCAGCUGCUUUGAUCCAACAGUCUACAACAGUUAAAAAUAAGGAUAUCAGAAAGUUUUUGGAUGGUCUUUAUGUGUCAGAAAAGACAACAGUUGUACAAGAUGAAAUUUAAAUAAGAAAAAACCUUAUUUGA